GAUUCAAACGAUCAAUGUAAACUAGACCUAAGUUUUGUCGUCGUGGAAAGUCGAUAUAUUCGAAAAGUGUGCUCUUUUCUAAGUAUUCAUACGUCAUGAUUAAAUAAAGUGAGCAGUAUUCAUAUAUUCAUAUCAUGGAAGACAGCAAUGUUCAAUCAUUAUGUACCGGAAAACUUGUAAGAGAGUUGUCAAAAGAAGAUCUGUUGUCGCUAGUAAUAAAAUGUGCCAAUUUUGCUGCGGAAAAGCAUCGAAGUCAAAGAAGGAAGGAUGUCGAACAAACACCAUACAUAAAUCAUCCUUUAGGAGUAGCAAACAUUUUAAUCCAAGAGGGUCUGGUGUUUGACCCAGUUGUAAUUCUGGCAGCAAUCUUACAUGAUACCGUAGAGGAUACGGAUACUACGUUUGAAGAAAUUGAAAAAGAAUUUGGACAUAAAGUCUGCGAAGUGGUACGAGAAGUAACUGAUAAUAAAGCAUUGUCAAAAACCAGACGUAAACAGUUACAGAUAGAACAUGCACCUAACAUAUCUCACGAGGCAAAAUUAGUAAAAUUGGCUGAUAAGUUGUACAAUUUGAGAGAUCUUAAUAGAAGCAUCCCCGUCGGUUGGACAAGUAAAAGAGUAAAAGAGUAUUUUAAGUGGGCGCAAGCUGUUGUAGAUGGAUGUCGUCAAACUAAUUUUAAUUUGGAAAAAGAAUUGGAUAUUUUGUUUGCAUCAAAUGGUUUGCUCUGAAGAGAACUGCCAGUAAAAGUCGUAAUAUUUGAUAAAAUUGUAGAUAUAACGAGAUAUAGAUAAACAAAUCCAAAACAUUUUGCAUAUGAAAAAUUAUUGUAUAUUGAAAUCAGUACAAAUGUAUAUUUACAAGU